CCCAAAGUUGCAGUAGGAAAGCUGUUUCUUAGAAAAGCCUCUGUUCCUCCCCCUUAUUAUUCUCACCUUCCACUUUUGCUCUCCCAUCUCCCUCCAUAUUUCCCAAUAAAACUUCAGCCCUUCUUCUCCUACCAACACACACAUACAUAUAUCUACAAAUAUAUAGAUAUGGCAUAUAUAUUUGGGCUCUAGCUUAGUUCUUGCUUGCGGGUCAAUAAUUUUCUCCAUCUAACAACGCGAAAGAUGGCUUCAGCAACUCAAAAGCAGGAGGUUGAAGACAAUGACAAGGAUACCGGAACCAACGGCUGUGCUGAUGAACGUUCAGAAGGAAAUAAUAGCGACGAUCAGCGAAAAAAUGAGCAACCCCCACCAAGAACGGCGAUUGCCCUGAAGGAUGAGCCCGUGAACGGAGAAGCUGAGACCCCGAUGCCGCCACCCCUCCGGGCCGUCCCAGCCGCGGCAGCAACAAUAAGUCAUGCCCAAUUAGUGGUAGCACAACCCAAGAGAGCAACCAAGGACCGCCACACCAAGGUGGAGGGACGAGGGCGGAGGGUUCGAAUGCCUGCUGCUUGCGCAGCUCGGAUCUUCCAACUCACACGGGAACUCGGCCACAAGUCCGAUGGGGAGACAAUCCGGUGGCUCCUCGAGCAUGCAGAGCCUGCCAUUAUCGCCGCCACGGGGACUGGCACGAUCCCGGCUAUCGCCAUGUCCAUCAAUGGCACCCUAAAAAUCCCCACCACCACAACUGCCGUGACCGCCACAACCACUGUCGGAAAGGAACCGAAAGUUGUAGACUUGACUGCAGCCAAGAAGAAGCGAAAACAGCCCGCCGACAGUGACUACAUUGACGUGAAUAAAACCGUAACUGCUAAUAAUUUAUCAGUUGAUCUUCCUUUAACAGCUCAACAACAACACCACCAACAGUUGGUUCCGCCACAGGACCUUGUCCCGGCCAUGUGGGCCAUGCCAAUAACGUCGACCGGAAUCAUGCCGGCCGGCACGUACUUUGUGCUCCCGAACCAACCCCACCUUGUCACAUUUCCAGUUCCAGCCUCAGCGACGCCAGUGGUUGGCGUGGCAGCAGCGGUGGCAUCAACAAGGUCAAUUGCAUCCUUAGUGUCAGCCACAGGGGUUACGGUUGCGGCUGUACAAACCGUUGGCCAAACAGCUCAGUCGGUUGGCGGUUUGAAUUCUAAAGCCUCGGGGUCGAAGUUAGCCAAUGAUGCUUCGGUUAUGGCUCCAAGCUCGGCCGUCACGACUGGCCCUGCUCAGACAUUGAGGGAGUUUUCUUUGGAGAUUUAUGAUAAAGAAGAGCUUCAGCUCAUGAGUCGCUCUUCUGUUUCAAAGCAUUGAGUGAUUGAUAGGAUAGGAAAAUCGAUAUCGAGCCAAUCUAAUUUAUUUUCCUUGCCUUUCUUCUCAGUAGAUUAGGUCUUACUUCCAGCAUAAAUUGCCAUUAACGAUGAUAAUAGAUUCUCACAUUUCAGUUUUCA